UGUACGACGAUCAAGCGCGCGCUCGCGGAGGUGGGGGAGGAACUUUUCAACAUGUUUUUCCCUCCCAAACUUUCUCGAUUUUAUCAGACUUGCUUAUCGAAAAAUUAGUUCGCGACUUGAAAAAAAUCGGAGCAGUCUGUGGAAGUGACGUUUAAUUGCUUCCUGGAUGUUUAAAUGCUUCCUACGUCAGCUACAUACGAGUGACGCUCGAAGGCCCGAAUUCAAGGUUAACCAAUCGCUAUUGUACAUGUUCGCACAGUUUACUAAUAUUUUGACCGCGUUGAUAGAUGCCUCGCUCCAAACCAUCCGAAUGAAAAAAAGGUUAUCCUUUCGGAAUUAACGUUGGAGUCGACAUGAAAGCCAGGAAGUUGUUUGCUGCACUCGGGGCAGGCCUCAUUCUGGCCUGCUGCGUUAUGAUUUACUUAAUGCUUGAUGUUACUUUGUUUCCACAGAGUAGGGGCUCAAAAAGCAAUGUAAAAGAUAAUCAAUGGCUCCAUUUUGAAUCUCGAAUAGCAAAACUUGAAGAAGAAUUGAAUCGUCACCACAGAGCUAUGAAUGCUCUGCAGGCAGCUGCUCAGGUGAAAGUAGAGGCACCCCUGGAUGACAGACACCAGAAUUUAAAUCCCUUUGGAUACUUUAAGCCUGAAAAGCCUGCAGUGUGCACCGUCAAUUUCAGGCAGACACCAGAAGUUGACAUUCAAAUGCUUGAGGUUUACAAGCAGUUGAAAUUUGACAAUCCAGAUGGAGGAGUAUGGAAGCAAGGCUGGAGCAUAAAGUACGAUGAAAAGCAGUGGCAUCCUAAUAGGAAACUGAAGGUUUUUGUUGUACCACAUUCUCACAAUGAUCCUGGAUGGCUCAACACCUUCGAGAAGUAUUAUACAUACCAAACUCAAGGUAUACUGAAUAACAUGGUAACCAAGUUAUCUGAAGAUAGAAGGAGGAAGUUCAUUUGGGCAGAGAUCUCGUUCUUUAAAUUGUGGUGGGAUGAACAAUCCCAAUCGACCCGCGAUGUUGUGAAAAGACUAGUCCAUGAUGGACAGCUUGAGAUUGUUGCUGGAGGAUAUGUUAUGCCUGAUGAAUCUGUCUCACAUUGGAUGGCACAACUGACACAACUGACAGAGGGCCAUCAAUGGCUGAAGACAAAUUUAGACUAUGUGCCGAACGUCGGCUGGGCGAUCGAUCCCUUUGGCCUAUCUCCGACCAUGCCGUACCUUUUGAAGGGCGCUGGCCUGGAAAACGUUGUCAUCCAACGGGUCCAUUACUCCGUGAAGAAGAAGCUCGCUCAGGACAAGCAUCUGGAGUUUCGCUGGCGCCAGCUCUGGGACAACGACGGCUCCACCGCGAUCUUCACGCACAUGAUGCCCUUCUAUAGCUAUGACAUUCCCCAUACCUGCGGCCCUGAUCCCAAGGUCUGUUGUCAGUUUGAUUUCUACCGAUUACCGAGCUUUGGGUUCACCUGUCCCUGGAAGAUUCCUCCUAAGGCUAUCACGAAAGCCAAUGUCGGAGAGAGAGCGGCUAUUCUUCUUGAUCAAUACCGCAAGAAGGCUCAGUUGUUCAAGACUAACGUGGUGCUGAUACCUUUAGGCGAUGACUUCAGGUACUCGCACGUAACGGAAUGGGACGCGCAGUUUCCGAAUUACCAGAAACUGUUCGACUACAUGAAUAGCGACCGGCAAAUGAACGUGCAAAUUCAGUUUGGAACGCUGAGCGAUUACUUUGAGGCCGUCAGAAGCCAAAAGAGUAUCGAGGAGUAUCCUAGCUUGAGCGGGGACUUCUUCACGUAUUCUGACAGGGACGACCACUAUUGGAGUGGAUACUACACCUCGAGGCCGUUCCACAAAAGGCUCGACAGGGUGCUUAUAGGAUCUUUGAGGGGAGCCGAGUUGUUGAGCACCAUCGCAUGGAUGAAAGGUAACGAUCAUCUGAUCGAGGAUAAGAUGGCCAGUCGACUGGACGUCGCGAGACGGUGGCACUCGAUAUUCCAGCAUCACGAUGGCGUGACCGGUACCGCGAGGGAUCAUGUUGUAAUCGACUACGCUCAGAAGAUGAUUGUCGCACUUAACAACUCGGCUCAUAUUCUGCAGCAGUCGGUGGCGCACUUGAUGAGAAGCCCGCAAAAGUCGCCCGUCGAUUUGGAGACGCUUUACUUGUCUUUGGAUGAGAACAGAUCGUAUCACACGAGUCCUGGAGACAAGUACGUGGUCUCCCUCGGAGAUGACAUCACAGCAAGAAAAAUUCUCUUCUACAAUUCCCUUCCGCGAACUAGGACAAAAGUAGCGAGUAUAUACGUGUCUUCUCCUUGGGUGCGAGUCACCGAUAAAAUGGGACGACCUAUUCAGUGUCAGAUCUCGCCUGUCUGGGUCAGCCCAGCAGCCAUCUCCGCAGCAAGAUACGAACUAUCUUUUCUAGUCACUGUACCUGCAUUCGGCUUAACUACCUAUAUCGUUCAUGCUUUGCACGGUACAACCUUACCAGAAGAAUCGUAUCUGGCGAACGUAACAGUCUACAAUACAGCUAUUCCCCUUUCCCCGGUACCUGGUUUCAAUAAUGUACAGACUUAUCCGAGCGUGCAAGAGUUUUCCAUCAGUCAGCGACCGGAACUGUCUGCGGCUUUUGGUAAAACCGGCCUGUUGAAAGCUCUGCGUGUGAGCGACAAGACGUAUCCGGUGCACCUGGAGUUCGUCAAGUACGGUACGAGAGGUGCCGGUCAAGACAAGAGUGGAGCCUACUUAUUCUUACCCGAUAAGCCAGAACCCGAUCCAGUAUUAACCGGCAACAGUAGAAUAGUUCACUUAGUUACGGGACCUAUUUUGUCGAGGGUUUUCACGGAUCUCCCCUAUGUUAAGCACAUUUGUACUCUUUAUAAUUCGUCGGGUAGUGACGGACUGGGUUUGCACAUUACAAACGAAGUAGAUAUUACGGAAACACAGAAUUUCGAGUUGGCGAUGAGGAUUAAUACUGACAUAGCCUCGGGGGAUGUGUUCUACACGGAUUUGAACGGCCUAAAUAUAAUUAAACGACAGAGAUUUGCGAAGAUUCCUACUCAAGGAAAUUAUUAUCCACUAGCAGCUGCGGGUUAUAUUGAGGAUGAACGUAUUAGGAUGAGUAUCAUAACAGGACAGCCCCUAGGAGCAAGUUCCAUGUCCUCCGGGCAAUUCGAGAUCAUGCAAGAUCGGCGGUUGAUGCAAGACGACAACCGCGGCCUGAGUCAAGGCGUAACGGACAACCUGCUAACGUUCCACAAAUUUGUUUUACUGUUGGAGAAGCGUCAGGAGUCUUGCCAACAACCAACACCUCCAAUUGAGCAUCCGGCAGGUCUUCUUUCUCUUGCUGGUCACCUGUCCCUCGAUGACAUGCUCCAUCCAGUGCUCGCUCUACAUCCACGAACGAAUACCGACCUCUACCUGAACCCAACCUUCGCUCCCUUAGGCUCGAAUCUUCCCGCCGACUUGAGCGUCGUUAGUUUACGCGUGAUCCCGAUUCCUGAUGGUGCCGGCAAAGGUGUUGGCAUGGUGUUACACAGGCAAGCGCUAAACUUAUGCUGGGGCGAUGCUGCUCUUCAACAACUUUUCCCCGUUUCCAAGACAGGCGAAAUCGACCUCAGCAAGUUCCUCGGUAACAUGCAGGACUGGACCAUCAGUGAGGCACCGUUAACAUUCACCAACGUAGGACCAUCCAAGAGGUCACCGAUCGUUAGUCUAUGUCCACAUCAACUCGUAUCGCUUCUUUUUCACAAGACCGAAUCUUAAGCUAGCUAAGUAGUUACUUAGUUGGUUACCUCUCUUUGUCGGGAUCACGGGGAGUUUAAUAUUUUUCGCUACUAAGUAGUGGGAGGAGAUACUCGUAUUUUGAUAGAACUGAGUUAAAAUAGCAAUCGCUGCGUCAACCAAUUCUUCGAACUAUUUGACAAGAAAAGUCUUAAUAAUUUGAAAAAUAAUUUACAAGGAAACAAAAUCAAAGUAGGGGUUGCAAAUUAAACACUGUAGGACUUUCUAGAAGUCGUAAGCUUUAUGUAGAAGUAGAUGAUGUACAUAUUAUCUAACUUUCGUUAAAUUCGCAGUUAAUAUUCUGGAAACAACAAUGAAAUCUGAAAAAUUAAGUUCGCGCUACUUUUAUUCAAUAGCUGCCGUAUCGUACAUAAAAGUACUCUACGGAGAAAAAGAAAAUGACAAUUUUCUGUCGAUAGAUUCUGUAGUUAAAACGUGGUAGAAUCUUUCGCGUGUAAGCUCAGACAAUGGAAAAGUAGUGUGUUGCCAAUGCUGUGAUAAAUUACGGAAUAUUUGUUCUAAUAAAAAGUAAACUUCACAAAAAGAAAUAUAAGCUGAAAUAGCCGUUUUUUUGGUAGACAAGGCACGUAAAAAAAGAAAUUCUUUGGCAUCAUUUCUUUUUUGUUAAAUAUUACAAAUGUAAUUUUUGUAUAUUGAAGUUCAAUGAUUGCUGCUGGAAAUUUAGGUAUGACUUGUGAUCCAACAAAUUAUAAUUGGAAAGUAUUUUUGCAUGUCUAAGAAACGAUUUUUGCAAAAUAGAAAUACGAUACUUUUAUUAGUAUUUUAAUUGAUUAAAUCACAUUAAUUAUUAUAAUGAUCUUUUAUACUAGCAAUUGAUUUUUAUUCACUAUAAGUUUUAUUGACGAAUUGUGAUGUUUAUGAGAUGUAUAUUAUGUAUUGAAUAAUUUUUUAAACAUACAACUUUGAUCAGGUAUUUUUUCUGAUACAUGUUUGUUUUUAAUUUUGAAAGCAUGCCUUUUACCUUUCUGUAUGCACACCAACCAUUGGUAUUUUUUAUAACUCAAAAAAUUUACAAAUUACUGUUAAACAUUUUCAGAGCAAUUUUGUGAGUCAUCCAAUUCGUAUUGGUGACACAUUAUGCUUUAAUAAUUUGAUGUGAUGUGUAUGAUUGUAUAAGAAUUGAAUACUUAAAAUUAAAUUGGACAUUAAAAAAAAAAAAGUAAAAAUAAAAGUUUGGUAACGUAAA